GCGGCCUCCAUGGCGGUGGCGGUGCUGCGGCCGUUGGACGCGCCGCCGGCGGAGCUGGUGCCGGUGACGGCGCUGCUGCUGGCUCCGCCGCCGCUCUGCGCGGCUCUGAGGGGCCGCGGCGGCGGGCUGGUGCUGGCGGUGCGGCCGGCGGGGCGCGUCGGGGCGCAGGCCGUGCUGCUAAGCGCCGUGGCGCUGGAGGCGGGCGGGCGGAGGGGCGCCGAGCUGUGGCUGCGCGGGGCGCUGCUGCGCCGCCUGGGGCUGGCGGCGGGCCGCCGGGUGGCCGUGUGGCCGGUGCGCCGCCCGCCGCCGCUGGCCUGGGUGCUGCUGGGGGCGGCGGCGGCGGUGGGGCGGGCGGGGAGGCCGGCGGGCGGCGCGGUGCUGGCGCGGCGCGGCGAGGCCUUGCCGGGGCCGGGGCCGGGCCCUCUGGUGCUGGAAGCGCGGCCGGCGCUGCAGGGGUUGCUAGGCAACGGUACGCGCGUCGCGCUCGCCGCCCCGCCGCCGCGCGAGGCCGAGGCCGGGCCCGCUCCCGCUCACGGAGGCGGCGCCCCCUGCCGGCGCCCCGCCGCGCCGCCCGUCGUCUCUCUUUUCGCCGCCGGGCGCGGGCGGGCGGAGGGGCCGCGGCUUCGGGCGGCGCCCCCUUGCGGCGGGGCGGGAAGCGGAGUGGCCGAGGUGUGGGUGAGCCGGCGCGGGCUGCUGGCGCUGGGGCUCUUCCAGGGAGAGUGGGUGCGGGUGAGCGCCGAGGGGGUGGCCCGGCCGCACCUGGCCGCGGUGUUCGCCCGCCCGCUCGCCUGGGACUACCCGCGGGCCGCCCGCCGCAGGCCCCCGGACGGCGCCGCCCUGCUGGCGCCCGCCCUCGCCUUCAACCUGGGCUGCGAGCCCGGCGGCGGGACGCACGUCUGCCUACGGAGGUACGACGGGGUGCCCGGGGCUGCGGAAGGGAAGGGUAGCCGCUCCUUGCUGCCCGUGCCGCCCUUCGCCGCGGAGCUGCACGUCGAGAUGAUCUGCUCGCCUGCCUACUGCGCCCGAGCCGUGUAUGACCGCCUUCUCUACCGGCACUUCCAGACGCCCCGGCUGGUCCAGGAGGGAGAUGUCCUCUGUGUCCCAACAUUUGGAUGUGCCGAGUUUUUAGAUGGAAAUGCAGACAAACUCCUUAGGUGGCCGGAGCUUUACUUCAAAGUGAGGAAGGUAUUAGGCUCGGUGGAAGGCAUGCAGUCCGAGGGUUACCUGGCAGACACCCAAAACACCUCUCUGUAUCUGGUGGGUUCAACAAACAGUGCUGUCCCAUCUGCCCCAGCGUAUACCAGCCAUGAGUUCUGGAGCAGUUUGUCUCCUGCUGGACUUUCUGAUGUCGUGAAGGAGCUCUGCGAUGCUCUUCGGCCUUACCUGACCAGUCAGGCAGCAGCACUGAAUGGGGCUGGCAGUGUUCUCCUCUCAGGACCAAGUGGCAGUGGGAAAGCAAUGGCUGUCAGAGCUGUGUGCAGCUGCCUCAACCUCCACCUCUUCAAGGUUGAUUGUGUCAGUUUGUGUGGUGACACCAGUGCAGCUACAGAGGAGAAAAUACAGAUGGCCUUUGCCCAGGCCCAGCAGUAUCGUCCCUGUGUGCUUCUACUGAAAGACAUAGAGGUGCUUGGCAGAGAUCGGGACAGGCUAGGAGAGGACGCCAGGGUCAUCGCUACUCUGAGGCAGCUGCUUCUGGACAGAGAUCCAGCACUGAGCAGCCACCCUGUCCUAGUGAUAGGCACAACCUGCAAGCCCCAGGAUGUUCCUACAGAUGUGCAGACUGCUUUCCUUCACGAGGUGAAAAUUGAGGCCCUUUCAGAAGACCAGAGGAGGGCGAUACUGAGCACGCUGACUGCCAGUCUUCCUCUGGGCAAAGAAGUGAACCUAGCCAAGCUGGCCCGCAGGACUGCAGGUUUUGUGCUGGGAGAUUUCUGUGCCUUGCUGUCCCACAGCAGCCGGGCUGCUUGUACCCGCAUCCAGGCUUUGAGUUUUCCAGGUGGACUGAGUGAGGAAGUGGAGAGAGAUUUUUGCACUGCUGGCUUCCCAGUCCUCGAGGAGGAUUUCAGUGUUGCACUGGACCAGCUACAUGAUGCCCAUUCACAGGCAGUGGGAGCCCCAAAGAUCCCCUCCGUGUCCUGGCAGGACGUUGGUGGGCUCCAUGAGGUGAAGAAGGAGAUCCUGGACACUAUCCAGUUGCCCCUGGAGCACCCGGAACUGCUGUCACUGGGUCUGUGUCGCUCUGGUCUGCUGCUGUACGGACCUCCUGGGACAGGGAAGACCUUGCUGGCAAAAGCUGUGGCGACAACAUGCACCAUGACAUUCCUUAGUGUGAAAGGGCCAGAGCUCAUCAACAUGUAUGUUGGACAAAGCGAGGAGAACGUGCGUAAUGUGUUUGUCAGAGCCAGGGCAGCUGCUCCCUGCAUUAUCUUCUUUGAUGAACUGGAUUCUCUGGCGCCAAAUCGUGGGCGGAGUGGAGAUUCAGGAGGUGUCAUGGACAGAGUUGUCUCACAGCUCCUGGCUGAACUUGAUGGCCUCCAUUCCAGCAGAGAGGUGUUUGUUAUUGGAGCAACCAACAGGCCUGACCUUCUGGAUUCAGCUCUGCUCCGGCCAGGCAGAUUUGACAAGCUGGUCUAUGUGGGCGUAAAUGAAGACCGGGAGUCACAGCUGCAGGUGUUGAGUGCCGUCACCAGGAAGUUUAAACUGGAUCCUUCUGUGAACCUCAGCAGCAUCCUAGAAGAGUGCCCGGCUCAGCUGACAGGAGCUGAUAUCUACUCACUGUGCUCAGAUGCCAUGAUGUGUGCUGUCAAACGCAAGGUGGAAUGGAUCGAGGAGGGGUUGGAUACAGAGAGCUCUGCUCUCAUACUCACCAUGGAAGACUUCCUGCAGGCUGCUGCGAGGUUGCAGCCAUCAGUCUCUGAGCAGGAGCUCCUCAGGUACAAACUCAUCCAGCAAAAGUUUGCUGCCUGCUAAUAAGGCUCAGGAGAGCUGGAACUGGAGGAGCAAAUAUGGAGCUAAGGGGCGUGAGAGAUCUGGGGCAGAGACACCCACCUCCUACCUUCGUAUUGCUCCUGCUUCUCCUUUUUCAAUCUUGGCAGAAAAAAUGGCCAUGCAGUUUUGUCAGGCAAAGCCUUGUGUAGGUAUUGACCUGGUGGGGGACUCUUUAACAGCCCCUCUAGUGUAGGGGGAGCAGCACCUGGCCGCCAGGAGCAUGCUGAGAGGACAGACCACUGACAGGGAAGCAAGGAUGGCUCUACUGGUUGGCAGUAGUCUCCUGUUGGGGUGGCAUCCCCGCACUGUGGGGAGCUGGCUGGAGUACAGGGCCACUGUGGGGCAGUACUGCUGCCAUGGGCCUGGCCUUGCCCUGGACUCUACAAAUAAAUAUAGGUUUCUGUUCAGCUUUCA